GCGGAAGCUCCAUGUAUAUUCACGAAGAGGAUUUAAACCAACUCCUGAAUGACACGGCCGGGAGGGUCUCGCGCUGCCUUGUGCGGUGCCGGACCGAUGCGCUCGACAUCGAGUGGCAAACAGUUUCUCCCUCCCUUGCUUGUGCGGCCAUCUCCAUCAGCUUCACAUGGACAAAUGGACACUGUUGUCGCCAGCCCCCCUGGUCGACUCCUCGACGUCCUCCCUCAUGUGCAGUUUGGCGAAGGAGGGGUGAGCGCGAAACUGUCAUUCUCUUUCCACACGUGUGGUUUUGUUCAGUCCAACGGUGGUGCGGAGACGCAAGUGGGAUGGACGGCAGGCGGGUUGUUCGUCUUGUCGUUGCUUAUGUACACAGGCAUGCUUCGCACCAACCUCUUCUGUCCCCGCUUGCCGGACGUUGUGCGACUGGGGCACGAUCCAUCACCCACCGUGCCACGAGGGGAAGAAGAGUCACAUCCGGCAGUGGCAGAUGCACGUGGACGAGAGGGUUGCGGAAGAGGGAGGGGCAGUGUUGGGGGACGGGUGCUUGAAAGUGGCAGUGAAGUAGAUACAGGUGAUGACGACGCGCAACCCGAGGGAGGUGAUGUGCCGGGGAGGAGGAGAACCAGGUCAUGGCUGCUGGAGGAGCGCAUUGAUCUGGCGAGGUUCAUGAAGGAGGACGACGCCAUGAUGCAAAUGGCGUCAGGUCGGCUGAAGCACGCGAGAAGGUCAGUGAGGAACGAGUGGGUGUCAAAGAAGAUGAAGGCGGCAGGUUGGAGUAGGUUGGCGGAAGACUGCAUGAAGAAGUGGUGCGACCUCAUGAGCAAGAUGAAGGACAUCCUACACAAGUGUAACGCAUCGGGGAAACCCUCAUAUUGGGAGAUGAGCGUCGAAGACAGGAAACGGGAGGGAAUCCUGACGACGUUUGAGCAGCCGCUGUGGGAGGAGAUGGAGUGGGCACAACGAAAGUCGCCAGUCGCUUGCGACAAUACCAUGGCAUCAUCAAACUUGCAGGGUUUUGAAAGCAGGGUUUCCGAUAAGGAAACACCCGGUGGGCAUGGCUCAUCAGAAGGCGGGAGCCGUAGUGGUGCAAGUGUUGAAGAAUCGGAGGGCUUGCGGAAGAAACGGCGUAGGGCAACGGGCAAAGAUCGUGCUAGUGUUCACCUGCCAGUGUCGUCUAUGGAGAGAGUUGUGUUGGAUUCUAGUAUGGCGGUCCGAGAAGGGAUGGACAUGGCGGCAAGCACUCUUGCCCGGGCAAGCACAGAGGGUGCGAAGCUGGUUGCAACCCAAGUUGGCGCAUUGAAAUUGAAAAACAUUGAGUAUGUGAAAAGUAGUAUUAACACAGGGUUAUAUUUUGUAUUUAUAUGUUGUGCAGUACAACGUGAACAACAAACACGUGGCUUGAAGGCAACGAGUGAUGGUGAGAAGUUUGAAGGUGAAGAUGCGCAAGACAUUGAUUCCGAUAUGAAGAUGAUGAAACGAUUGCUUCGUUGUAUGGCGAAGACUUUUUAUUUCACACGUGCAGGAGACGUGGAAAUGUACCCGUCGCCAUCUGCUUUCGUUGAUGCAUUCUUAGAAUUCGUUGGGACGCUUCGUGAAGACGUAAGACGCGCAGUUGAUCGAGUGGUUAAAUCGAAAGGAAUAAUAGCAAUUACAAAAGACAGGAAGAUGGAAGCAAGAAGAAGGGAGGAGGAGGAUAAGGCGAAGAGAUUGAAAGAGGAAGAGGAUAGAAAGCAACAAUGGAAGAAGGAGCGUGAGGAGUUUGAGCAAGAGUUGGGGGUGAGAAUAGACAAGAGAUUGGAUCUUAUCUGUCAGACGAAGGGUAAACAGGUAGAUAUAGCUAGCAGCAGUGGGAAGGAUGAUGAACUAUCAUGCCUGCGAUUGGAAAACGAGGAGUUGAGAAAGAAGGUCAAUAUGGGCAAUCACCAGCAAGCAGAGGAUGCGAUUUCGCGUCUUCAGCAUGAACUUUCGAAGGUACGGAAGCGGCUCUCCGACAGAAGAAGUGAAGGCGAUGAAAUUUUCGCGCUAAAGAAGGAAAUUGAAGAACUGAGGGGGUCGGCCCUCGUUAAGUCUAACUUUGAGCAAGAGGUGGCUGGUUUGAGGAAGGAGAUUAACCUGUUGAGGGAGCAGAAUGUUGACUUCAUGGAUGAGGCUCGGCUUUGGAAGAAUGAGGCCCUCCGUCCAGGCAACAAGAGAGGGAGCAUUGUCGUCAAUACCCCGGACUGCUCGAACCGAGGUACGCCGAGACCGCGUUGGACUGAUAACAUUAGGGAAACAGAUAAGUGGAAGGAGGAAUAUCAAAAAUUGCAGGGCUUGCAUGAGGUGUCUAACGUGGAAGCAGAAGUGUUGAAGAAGAAGCGGGCCGAAGCGCUGACGCAAGCAGACAAUCUGAGGAGAAAGAAAGAGGAAGCUGAGAAAGAGGUCUUACGGCUACAAGAGCAACUGAGUAAACUGACUGCGGAUGUUGGAGAUAAGGAGAAGAUGGAUGGAGGUAUUAAGCUGGGAAGGAUGGAGCCAACUAUCCUUAAACUGGCCGAAUAUCGAGCGAAGUUGGCCUUCCCGGAAGAUAGGGGAAAGGAGAAGCAGAAGGAGUCGACGAGCUGCUCGGUUCAUAUUAUCAAGGAUGACGAAGCACAGAAGGAUGUUGGGACAUCAGAGGAAGGGGAUGAGCAGAGUGUUGAGCUUUGAGGGUGUUCCCCGGACAUGGCACGAUUGUGGUCGCUGGCUAAUGACUGCCGUGAUAAACGACGUCGGAAAGA